AUGCUCAAGCACAGUACACCAGAGUGGAAAGAAAAAGUUAUACUUCAGAGUCGGUCCGAAAGAUAUACACGUCGUUUGCUUCUAUUUCUCUAUAAAGUAUCGUGUGCUUUAUCGCUGAUAUCGUGCCGCUUGAAUCGGAAUCCCUUGCUCUUCACUCCAAACCGUCGGCGGAGAAACAAAUGGCUUCUGCUCAUCUGGCGCUUUGUCGUUGUGAUUAUCUAUUGGGGAGUGCUGCCCGCUCUCUUUUUUGAGUUCCAAAAAUCCCCUAAAAAUUAUGCAGAUCUAUUUGCUCAGCUGCAAUCCUUAUCGGUGGUCCUUUUUGCAGUUGGAUCUUUUAUUGUGCAAUCACGUAGUGAAAGAAAAAUUUUAUCUUUAUUGAAUCGAUAUCUGGCAAUUUAUCGACGCAUCUCAGCCUUCACGCAAUCAUCGAGGAUGCUUCCCACCCAGUUUCUGGUGCUCUGUACGCUCAAAUUUUUUAUAACUCUUUGGGGUUGCGUUCACGAAAUGGUGGAACUGUUUAUGGUUAAUCAUGUGGUGAUUGAAGGACGCCUUCUGGCCGCCAUGUUCGGCAUGUAUAUGUGGCUGGGUAUGCUCUUUGUGCUGGACAUGUGUUUUAUGGCCUUACUAAUUACGAGCUUUAUGUAUAAGGAAAUGGGUACCCAUAUCCAGGAAAUGCUAGAACACAUGCGACCCAUUGAGGAGGAGAAGGAUUUAUUGGGCCAGCGCAUGACGGACUAUCGACGCAUGCAACUUCUCUGUGACUAUUCCGAUGAGCUGGACGAAUGCGCUAUCAUCUAUAGAGAGUUAUACGAUCUAACCCUAUGUUUUUGUAGUGCCUGUCAGUGGCAAAUUUUUUUUUGCGUCUACUACAACUUUGAGGUGGCCUUAUUACUACUCUACCAAUGCUUCUGUCUCUAUCUGGAAAAGAGUGAAAUGGGUCUGGUCUUACUCAUAAUGGCGGGCAACAAAAUGGCCAACUUGGUAUUGCUCCUGAUGUGUGCGGAUGCUGCGGUCAAAAACUCCCACUUACCGGAACGCCUGCCCCUAGAUAUUGUAUGCACGGACAUCGAUCAGCGGUGGGAUGCGAGUGCCGAAUCUUUUCUCAGCCAGUUGAAGGUGCAACAUUUGGAAAUCAAAAUUUUGGGCUUUUUCAAGCUAGACAACAAAUUCAUUCUGAUCAUAUUAUCGGCAAUUAUUUCCUACCUCUUCAUAAUGGUACAAUUUGGACUUACGGGCGGUUUUGAAGAAUCCGAGCUCGUUAAGCAGCUACUAAAUGUGCAGAGCGAAGGCAACAGCGACGUCAGCAACAAAAACAACAGCAACAUCAGUAAUAACAAUAAGUAGAGAACACUCUGUAAUUAUCAUACUCGAGCUAUUCACAUCGUUCCCGCUUCCCCGCCCCUUAUCAUCAUCGUCAUC